CAUCUUCAUGGGCAUGAACUGGACUUUGAACCGGUUGGUUUAAAUAGUGAACUGGUUCCACAGGGAGGAGGAGCCUGAGAACAGGGAAGUGUCAGACUCCAUUUUCACCUGGACGAGCAGAAGGAAGGAAAGUGAGCAGACUGAAGAUGAGUGGUUAUGAGGAGGAAGAGGACAGAGCAGAGUCUCCAGGGUUAAUCUGUGAGUCUCUGAAGAGUGACUGGUUCAUGGGACAUCCUCCAGUCUUCAGUAAUGAACCUGGACCCUCACACACAAAAGGUCAGGACCACAGCCUGAGAGCAGAGUCUCCAGGGUCCAGAUGUCUGUCUCUGAAGAGUGACUGGUCCAUGAUGAAUCCUCCACACUUCAGUAAUGAACCUGGACCCUCACCCACAGAGGAGAGGAAGAGGAGUCAUGUUUCUGAGGAGGAGCAGUCGUGCUGCUGUGCUUCGUGUCAGGACGUCCUGAAGGAUCCAGUCUCCACCAGCUGUGGACACUGGUUCUGCAGACAGUGCAUCACCUCAUACUGGGACCAGUCUGGUUCUUCAGGAGACUCCUCCUGUCCCCAGUGUGGACAAAGAUCCAGAACAGGAGCUGGAGCAGAUCGUGGUCUGCAGGAGGUUUCAGAUGAACAUAAGCUCAGUGUGAGGAGGAGAUGUGAACAUGUGACUGAAGGAAGUGAUGAAACAGGAAGUAGAACCCUCCUCAACAGGAUCUACACUGAGCUCUACAUCACAGAGGGACAGAGUGAAGAUGUUAAUACUCAACAUGAGGUGAGGCAGCUUGAGACGGCUUCCAAGAAGAAGAUCCUCCACGACACUCCCAUCAAGGUCCACGACAUCUUUAAAGCCUCCACUGACCAGCAGAGCAGCAUCAGAGUCGUCCUGACCAACGGAGUCGCUGGCGUUGGAAAAACCUUCUCGGUGCAGAAGUUCACUCUGGACUGGGCAGAGGGUUUAGAGAACCAGGAUGUGGGUCUGCUGGCUGUGCUUUCGUUCAGGGAGCUGAACCUGGUGAAGGACCAGCAGCACAGUCUUCUCACUCUGCUCCAUGUUUUCCAUCCAGCGUUACAGAAGCUCACUGCAGAGACGCUCGCUGUCUGUAAACCUUUGUUCAUCUUUGACGGCCUGGAUGAAAGCAGACCUUCUCUGGACUUCAACCACAGGGAGCUUUUGUCUGAGGUCACACAGAGGUCAUCAGUCAACGUGCUGCUGACAAACCUCAUCCGGGGGAAUCUGCUUCCCUCGGCUCUCGUCUGGAUAACCUCCAGACCUGCGGCGGCCAAUCAGAUCCCUCCUGCAUGUGUUGACAGGGUCACAGAAGUACGAGGCUUCACUGACGCCCAGAAGGAGGAGUACUUCAGGAGGAGGUUCAGUGAUGAAGAGCUGUGCAGCAGAAUCAUCUCACACAUCAAGACGUCCAGGAGCCUCCACAUCAUGUGUCAAAUCCCAGUCUUCUGCUGGAUCAGUGCUACAGUUCUGGAGCACAUGUUGACCACAGACCAGAGAGGAAAGCUGCCCAAGACCCUAACUGACCUGUACUCACACUUCCUGCUGGUUCAGACAAAGAGGAAGAACAACAAGUACGGUGAGGGACAUGAGACGACUCCACAGCAGCUGACGGAGGCUGACAGGGACGUUCUCCUGAAGCUGGGGAGGCUGGCACUUAAACAUCUGGAGGAAGGAAACAUCAUGUUCUACCAAGAAGACCUGGAGCGGUGUGGUCUUAAUGUCACAGAGGCCUCGGUGUACUCAGGAGUUUGUACUGAGAUCUUCAGAAGAGAGUGUGUGAUCUUCCAGAAAUCAGUCUACUGCUUUGUUCAUCUGAGCGUUCAGGAGUUUCUGGCUGCAGUCUACAUGUUCCACUGUUACACCAAGAGGAACAGAGAAGAACUCAACAGCUUCUGGGGAACAUAUUGGAACACAGACAGUAUCUUCUCCCUGGAUGACCUCCUGAAGAGAACCAUGGAGAAAUCCCUCACCAGUACAAAUGGUCAUCUGGACCUGUUUGUUCGAUUCCUUCACGGCCUCAGUCUGGAGUCCAACCAGAGAGUCUUAGGAGGCCUGCUGGGUCAGAGAGGGAACAUUCCACAGAUCACCCACAUCAUCAUCAACAACCUGAAGGAGAUAAACAGUGAUAACAUUUCUCCGGACAGAAGCAUCAACAUCUUCCACUGUCUGACUGAGAUGAAGGACCACUCAGUUCAUCAGCAGAUGAAACAGUUCCUGACGUCAGGGAACAGAUCAAAGGAGAAACUCUCUGAGAUCCACUGCUCAGCUCUGGUCUACAUGCUGCAGAUGUCAGAGAGGGUUCUGGAUGAGUUGAACCUGAAGAAGUUCAACACAUCAGACCAGGGUCGACGGAGACUGAUCCCAGCUGUGAGGAAAUGCAGGAAGGCUCGACUGAAGAUGAGUGGUUAUGAGGAGGAAGAGGACAGAGCAGAGUCUCCAGGGUUCAUCUGUGAGUCUCUGAAGAGUGACCGGUCCAUGUUUGAGCCUCUGAACUUCAGUAAUGAACCUGGACCCUCACCCACAAAAGGUCAGGACCACAGACUGAGAGCAGAGUCUCCAGGGUCCAGCUGUCUGUCUCUGAAGAGUGACUGGUCCAUGGGAUGUCCUCCAAACUUCAGUAAUGAACCUGGACCCUCACACACAGAGGAGAGGAAGAGGAGUCAUGUUUCUGAGGAGGAGCAGUCGUCCUGCUGUGCUUCGUGUCAGGACGUCCUGAAGGAUCCAGUCUCCACCAGCUGUGGACACUGGUUCUGCAGACAGUGCAUCACCUCAUACUGGGACCAGUCUGGUUCUUCAGGAGACUCCUCCUGUCCCCAGUGUGGACAAAGAUCCAGAACAGGAGCUGGAGCAGAUCGUGGUCUGCAGGAGGUUUCAGAUGAACAUAAGCUCAGUGUGAGUAGGAGAUGUGAACAUGUGACUGAAGGAAGUGAUGAAACAGGAAGUAGAACCCUCCUCAACAGGAUCUACACUGAGCUCUACAUCACAGAGGGACAGAGUGAAGAGGUUAAUACUCAACAUGAGGUGAGGCAGCUUGAGACGGCUUCCAAGAAGAAGAUCCUCCAGGACACUCCCAUCAAGGUCCACGACAUCUUUAAAGCCUCCACUGACCAGCAGAGCAGCAUCAGAGUCGUCCUGACCAACGGCGUCGCUGGCGUUGGAAAAACCUUCUCGGUGCAGAAGUUCACUCUGGACUGGGCAGAGGGUUUAGAGAACCAGGAUGUGGGUCUGCUGGCUGUGCUUUCGUUCAGGGAGCUGAACCUGGUGAAGGACCAGCAGCACAGUCUUCUCACGCUGCUCCAUGUUUUCCAUCCAGCGUUACAGAAGCUCACGGCAGAGACGCUCACUGUCUGUAAACCUUUGUUCAUCUUUGACGGCCUGGAUGAAAGCAGACCUUCUCUGGACUUCAACCACAGGGAGCUUGUGUCUGAGGUCACACAGAGGUCAUCAGUCAACGUGCUGCUGACAAACCUCAUCCGGGGGAAUCUGCUUCCCUCGGCUCUCGUCUGGAUAACCUCCAGACCUGCGGCGGCCAAUCAGAUCCCUCCUUCAUGUGUUGACAGGGUCACAGAAGUACGAGGCUUCACUGAGGCCCAGAAGGAGGAGUACUUCAGGAGGAGAUUCAGUGAUGAAGAGCUGUGCAGCAGAAUCAUCUCACACAUCAAGACGACCAGGAGCCUCCACAUCAUGUGUCAAAUCCCAGUCUUCUGCUGGAUCAGUGCUACAGUUCUGGAGCACAUGUUGACCACAGACCAGAGAGGAGAGCUGCCCAAGACCCUGACUGACCUGUACUCACACUUCCUGCUGGUUCAGACAAAGAGGAAGAACAACAAGUACGGUGAGGGACAUGAGACGACUCCACAGCAGCUGACGGAGGCUGACAGGGACGUUCUCCUGAAGCUGGGGAGGCUGGCACUGAAACAUCUGGAGGAAGGAAACAUCAUGUUCUACCAAGAAGACCUGGAGCGGUGUGGUCUUAAUGUCACAGAGGCCUCGGUGUACUCAGGAGUUUGUACUGAGAUCUUCAGAAGAGAGGGUGUGAUCUUCCAGAAAUCAGUCUACUGCUUUGUUCAUCUGAGCGUUCAGGAGUUUCUUGCUGCAGUCUACUUGUUCCACUGUUGCACCAAGAGGAACAGAGAAGAACUCAACAACUUCUGGGGAACAUAUUGGAACACAGACAGUAUCUUCUCCCUGGAAGACCUCCUGAAGAGAACCAUGGAGAAAUCCCUCACCAGUACAAAUGGUCAUCUGGACCUGUUUGUUCGCUUCCUUCACGGCCUCAGUCUGGAGUCCAACCAGAGAGUCUUAGGAGGCCUGCUGGGUCGGACAGAGAACAAUCCAGAGAUCAUCCAGAGAGUCAUCAACAACCUGAAGGAGAUGGACAGUUAUAACAUUUCUCCUGACAGAAGCAUCAACAUCUUCCACUGUCUGACUGAGAUGAACGACCACUCAGUUCAUCAGCAGAUGAAACAGUUCCUGACGUCAGAGAACAGAUCAGAGGAGGAACUCUCUGAGAUCCACUGCUCAGCUCUGGCCUACAUGCUGCAGAUGUCAGAGGAGGUUCUGGAUGAGUUGGAUCUGGAGAAGUUCAACACAUCAGACCAAGGUCAACUGAGACUGAUCCCAGCUGUGAGGAACUGCAGGAAGGCUCGACUCAGUGGUUGUUUCCUCUCAGAGACUCACUGUGAAGUCGUGGCCUCAGCUCUGAAGUCAGACCCCUCACAUCUGAGAGAACUGGAUCUGAGUAACAACAAGCUGCAGGAGUCAGAAGUGAAGCUGCUGUGUUCUGGACUGGAGAGUCCAAACUGUCGACUGGACACUCUGAGGUUGAUGAGCUGCAGUCUGUCAAAGAUCAGCUGUUCUUCUCUGGCUUCAGCUCUGAGGUCAAACCCCUCUCAUCUGAGAGAACUGGAUCUGACUAACAACAACAACCUGCAGGACUCAGGAGUGAAGGAGCUGUGUGGUUUUCUACAGAGUCAAACAUUUCGACUGGAGAUUCUGUGGUUGAUGGACUGCAGUCUGUCAGAGAUCAGCUGUUCUUCUCUGGCUUCAGCUCUGAGGUCAAACCCCUCUCAUCUGAGAGAACUGCAUCUGAGUAGAAACAACCUGCAGGACUCAGGAGUGAAGGAGCUGUGUGGUUUUCUAAAGAGUCCAACCUGUCGACUGGAGAUUCUGUGGUUGUGGAACUGCAGACUGUCAAAGAUCAGCUGUUCUUCUCUGGCUUCAGCUCUGAGGUCAAACCCCUCUCAUCUGAGAGAACUGGAUCUGAGUGGAAACAACCUGCAGGACUCAGGAGUGAAGGAGCUGUGUGGUUUUCUACAGAGUCCAACCUGUCGACUGGAGAUUCUGACGUUGUGGAUCUGCAGUCUGUCAGAGAUCAGCUGUUCUUCUCUGGCUUCAGCUCUGAGGUCAAACCCCUCUCAUCUGAGAGAACUGAAUCUGAGUGAAAACAACCUGCAGGACUCAGCAGUGGAGGAGCUGUGUGGUUUUCUACAGAGUCCAACCUGUCGACUGGAGAUUCUGACGUUGAGGAUCUGCAGACUGACAAAGAUCAGCUGUUCUUCUCUGGCUUCAGCUCUGAGGUCAAACCCCUCUCAUCUGAGACACCUGGAUCUGAGUGUAAACAGGCUGAAGGACUCAGGAGUGAAGGAGCUGUGUGGUUUUCUACAGAGUCCAACCUGUCGACUGGAGACUCUGUGGUUGAGGAACUGCAGACUGUCAAAGAUCAGCUGUUCUUCUCUGGCUUCAGCUCUGAGGUCAAACCCCUCUCAUCUGAGAGAACUGGAUCUGAGCUACAACAAGCUGAAGGACUCAGGAGUGAAGAAGCUGUGUGGUUUUCUAAAGAAUCCAACCUGUCGACUGGAGACUCUGUGGUUUAAGAGCUGCAGUCUGUCAGAGAUCAGCUGUUCUUCUCUGGCUUCAGCUCUGAGGUCAAACCCCUCUCAUCUGAGAGAACUGGACCUGAGCUACAACUACGACCUGCAGGACUCAGGAGUGAAGGAGCUUCUAGAUCUACAGCAGAGUCCAACCUGUCGACUGGAGACUCUGAGGUGCAAGAGAUCUUCUAGGAGCUGAGUGUGAAGAGGACAGUGUGUGUGGACGGAGGCUGAGCUGUGUCCUGAGGAUCCAGAGGGUGAAGCAGCAGCAGCUUGUGUGUAGAGCGGCUCUGACUGGGCCUUGUUGCUGGGAGGCAGAGUGGAGACAGAGCUCCAGAGGAAUCAGAGGAGGUGGCUGUAAUAUGUAACUUCACCACUAGAUGGCCCUCCACACCCAUUGUGUUUAUUCACAUGAAGAAUGUGUUUAUUGAAAUGACACAACACAAGCAGAAUACAUUAACCCUCUAUGAAGAGUCACAUAUAUGUGUUUAUUGAUUAAAUAAAUUGAUUUAGUUCAACACAAAGUUAAACACAUUGAAAUCACUUUGAGUUUAAAAUCAGAGUUUUGUCUUUGACACAAAAGAUCAAAACUCUGGACUUAAAAAUGGGACGUUUUCAUUUCUGCAUCUGUUGCAGAGCGGUGGUGGCUUUUCUACUUUUGACCCACAGGUGGCGCUGCAAUAUAACAGCAGCACAUCCCAGUCAAAGCCUUUAUAUUCAGUCUAUGAGUCAAACACAUGGAUCAUUUCCUCUGUGACAAACCAGAUGUAACGAGAAGAAAGACAUCUCAGAGAGAAAAGUUUUGUUUCUACUUGUCUCUGCUUUAUUUUUUUUGGGUUAUUUCAAAGCUCAGAUUCAAAUUCAGGUUUUCAAUCAACCAUCAAAAAUAAAUGUAUUAAUAUUUUUCUUAUGUCUAAAAGUUUUUUUUCAAAAGCAUAAGUCACAGGAAACUUGAAACAAACUCAAGGACUUUUACUCUUUUACUUUUAUCUCUGGAUUAUUACACAAAUAAAAACCUCACACAGGAACAGUUUCA